AUGUUGAGCAUGAACAGGGGAGGUCUCUUUGGCGCCUUAUCGGCGACCUCGUCGGUUAUUAGCAAUGUAUUUACCAAGAACACGGCUCUCCCUCGUGCUGCGUUACCCGUCACCACUGUCCGUUACGCUUCCAACUUUUCUCCUCGACGAACGAAAUAUCGCAAGUCGCAAAAGGGCAAAAUUCCGUUGCCUACGGGCGGAUCGACCAAGGGCACCACAGUGGAAUUCGGUGAUUUCGGUUUGCGCAUCAAGGAAGGGGCUCGUUUAACCGCCCGACAAUUGACGGCCGUUCACAACACGGUCCGUCGUAAAAUCAAACCUGUCAAAGGAUCACAAAUGUGGAUGCGAGUGUUUCCCGAUAUACCUGUCACCAGCAAAGGUAACGAAGUCCGUAUGGGUAAAGGCAAAGGUACAUUUGACUACUGGGCAUGCCGUGUACCGCUGAACCGCAUCAUCUUUGAAAUCUCGGGCAUGCGUAAAGAAAUCGCCAAAGAAGCUUUCCGUCUCGCGAGUCACAAACUUCCCGUUAAAACCGAGUUCGUCGAACGUGGUGCCAAGAGUGUGGUCGGUGCAGGCUAUGUCGCCCCCGCACCGGCAUCACCGAAAACCGAUGAACCAUCAUCGUCAUCGUCGCAAUAA